GCAUUACUGCGUGACCUGGUGACGUUGAGUUCCCGCAGACGGCGAACAAGAACGAGUUUUGCCAAGAAUCUGCGCAGACUGGUGAAAGUCUGCGGUCGCGAACGCAGCCAGUCAAAGCGUGUAUGCGCGGGGCGUGGCGUGUGUUUGUAAACAACAUGCCGCAGCAACUGACUGCAGCAGAAGACCUGCAAGAGCAGAGACAGGAGGAGACACAAGGGUCGUCCAACAUUGUCGCCAAAAUAUCACAGAUUGCAGAUAACCAUUUAACUGUUAUCAGGAACAUCAGCACAGGGCUGGCAUUGGCUGGAGUUGUUCUAUUAGCAAGGAGUAUUAAACUUACUUCUAAAUUUGGUUCUGCUUUAGAGAUUCCUGCAGAAUUCAUAGAAAAGAAUGUGAGACUUCGGGGAAAGGUCCGCCAUGUAACAGAGAAAGGCCUAGAAGUGGAGCAUAUUCCAAUCAGCGUUCCUGUGAUUUCAUCACUGUUAAGACAAAGGCGAUCGGACGCACUUCUGUUGGUCAGAUUGGCUGGAGUUGAGGUCACAGAAGAUGGAAGGGCCUGGUUAAAACAACAGAUAAAGCCGACAGAGAUUGUGUGGUUUAAACUUCUAAGCAGAGAAGACUCUUCGCUCGACUGUCUCGUUAUGGCAAAUAUGGGAGGAGUAUUCAGCACUUGCCUUAACGAGGAGCUGUUGAGACAGGGCUUUGGAAAGACAGUUCCUGUGAAUGGUCUCCCUUAUCAAACCAGACUCUACUGGAAGGUUCACAAGAGACUACUAAAAGCAGAACUGAAAGCUCAGAAGAAGGGUAAAGGUCUCUGGAAAGAAAGGAGUAUCUGGAAACAAGUGAUAGGUAACAUAAACAGUUACAGGAUUGUAAAGCACUUAAAAAAACUUUUUAUAAGGGACUGAUUUCACAAUCGGUAAAACUAUCCAUCUCUGGUGUUGUGCAGAUGACAAGGUCCUUUACAAAAUAGACAUGCUUUUGGUAUCUUUUUUCCUUUGUCUGAAAGCUGACUAGAUGGUAAUGCUUGGUGGUGCCUGUAAAUGGAAACAUUGAGUAAUAAUACAGAACAAAUGUCAGUACCUAAAAUACAGACACUUCUGUUUUUUCCCACUAACUUAUUUUGUUAUCUAACUAGUAACACGUUCAACAGCCAAAUCAUUGUAUUAGUUAUCUAAAACCACAGGGGGUCAGUGCUUAUGAGUACCACUCUAUGCAUAUUAGGCUCUAUUUACACUUGUGAUUGCUUGUGAAGGACAAUCUGUUAAUCAGAUUUAAAGCAAUAUGUUAUACAUUUUUUUUUACUGUAAGGCUUUGUAAAUAAUGUAAACAAUGAUCUAAACACAAAUAACAAUAGGGAAUGAUAAAGAAAAUAUGUAAUAGACUAUUAAUUAAACAGGUAAUACAUAUUGUGAAAAUGUAAACUCUGUGAAGUUUCCCGUUAUAGAGUUACAGUAUUAUAAAUACUGCAAUAAAGAAUUUUCAA